CUUCUUUAGAGUGGGAUAUCAGCCAACCGAAACGUGGGCUAAAAGACUUAGUAAAUGGGGAUUAGCAUUUCUUUGAAGCAUUGAGAGUAGAAAAAGUAGACGUGGAUUGGAUACGCGUCCUCCGUGGAACUUUGUCCCUAUUAUGAAUCAACCAUUUCCAGCCAAAAAAUCAUUUGAAGUAACCAAACUUGCCCAACCGUCCCACGACUCCCACCCUCCCAACCACAAAGUCAAAUCAUCCCUUCAACAAAAUACCUGUUUCUAUGCGUGAAUAAGAAUCACCACAACUUGGGAGGCUACAAGCCCAUGACUUCAUUUUCAAACCAAACACGCGACGAUAUUUCCUAAGAAAAUGGCGCUUCGGCAUUCGGAACCUGUAUGCUUCUCCCAUUUCUGCCCGGCCCGGUUCCGGUCCAGACGACAACUUCGAGUCUCGAGGGCCGGCUCGUCGGUCCCGAGGUUGAGGCCGCCGGCGGUAUUGGUGGCGGCGGCGAGGGAAGCGCAUGUGAACAAGCCUUCUGUUUGUACUGCGGAUGAGCUUCACCGCGUGGCUGUCACCGACUCCGACUGGAGCCUCGCUCUGUGGCGGUACACACCUUCUCCGAAGGCGGAGCGGAGGAAUCACCCGCUGUUGCUGUUGUCUGGCAUUGGAACCAAUGCUAUUGGAUUUGAUCUUGCUCCUGAGUCUUCUUUUGCACGUUACUUGUCCAACCAAGGAUUUGAUACAUGGAUUCUUGAACUUCGAGGUGCUGGGUUGAGCACAUUAGUAGGGGAAUCCAGGGAAGUUAAGAAGCCUUUCAAGGCUAUGUCUGAUCGGGUAGGAACAAAUGGUGUUCUUCCUGCAGAAGCACCAUCAACCGUAAUUUCUGGCACUCUUGUGGAAACUUUUAUCCCUUCUGUCAAAGGAAAAAGAAUGGUGGUUGAAUCUGAUGACGCACAAUCGGUGUCAAAGUUGUCAGAAACUUCUACUCACUUAUUUCAAAAGCUCUCUAGGUUUCUAAAUGAAGGUCAAAUCAAGAAUAUGCCUGCUAAGUUAUUUUAUAAAAUAUCAAUAUUCAUGGAAGAUGCUCAGUUAUAUGAAUCCUUCAAUGAUAGUAAGCUCAAACUUUCAGGUGUAUUUGAAGAAAGGCAAAACUUCUCUAUUGCUAGUCAGAUCAGGGAUUUGAGUGGAAGGCAUGUAAACAUUAUUAAAGAAGGUCAAUGGACGAUUUCACCACCCUUGUUUGACUUGAAGGAGGUUUUUUUAACACUACUCGAUGAUUUCCAAAAGCAACUUGACCUGAUUUUAAAGUACAACUGGGACUUUGAUCACCAUAUGAAAGAGGAUGUGCCUGCAGCGAUGGAGUAUAUAAGGACUCUAUGCAAACCAAAGGAUGGCAAGUUGCUUGCAAUUGGUCACUCCAUGGGGGGUAUAUUGCUGUAUGCAAUGCUUUCACAAUCUGGUUCUGAAGGAAGGGAUUCUGGGCUGGCAUCAGUCAUUACAUUGGCAUCAUCACUUGACUUCACAUCUUCAAAAUCAUCACUGAAAUUGCUCUUACCCCUGGCUGAUCCUGCACAAGCUCUAAAUGUACCUGCUAUUCCAUUAGGGGCAUUGUUGGCAGCUGCUCAUCCUCUUAUGUCUCUUCCUCCUUAUGUAUUGUCUUGGUUAACUUCUCUGGUUUCUGCACAGAAGAUCCCUCCUGAGUCACUUGAAAAACUUGUCUUGAACAACUUUGGUACAGUACCCUCUAAGCUCCUCUUGCAGCUAACAACAGCUUUCCAAGAGGGUGGACUACGUGACAGAAAUGGAACUUUCUUUUAUAAGCAUCAUCUCCACAAAAGCAAUGUUCCUGUUCUAGCAAUUGCAGGAGACCGAGACGUAGUCUGUCCACCUGAAGCUGUAUAUGAGACAGUCAAGCACAUUCCUGGGAAUUUAGUUACUUACAAAGUUUUUGGAGAACCAGAUGGUCCACAUUAUGGUCACUAUGACUUAGUAGGAGGCCCUUCGGCAGCUGAUCAAGUGCAUCCAUGUUUAUCUAAAUUUCUCAUCCAUCAUGAUAUGGCCUGAUUGAUUAUGGAGGCUUAUAUUCUGCAUCGCCUAUUUUUUCUAUACCGGAACUCUCAUUAACACUGAAUUCUUUUGUCAAUGAAAAAAGAAGCUUCCUGCUUGCAAAAUCCCAAGGGAAAGAGGGCACUCCAAAAUCCCUGAUCAGUUUGUGAUGCAAGAAAAAUGUGGAGAUUUGUACAUGUACUGUAAGUAUGGUGCUGUUGUAUCUAGUUCUAUUCAUCACUUGUAAAGACAAUAUUAUAUCUCAAUAUAGAAAAGUAAAAAACACAAUUCAGCUGGAA